AUGAAGCUAUCCCCAUCUCUGCUGCCAUGCCUAGCUACCCUAGGCUCAGCAUAUCUCUACGACACUCCUGUCAAGACUGAAUACGGCCAUGUCCAAGGCUUCAAGUACUUCAACUCAUCAAUCAGCCAGAAAUACCUCAACCUCUCCGACAGCCAUGUCGCUGCGUUCCUCGGCGUCCCUUAUGCCGCUGAUACAUCCUACCAGAACCGAUGGAAACCAGCCCAACCCCGACAGCCAUGGAAUGGAACCCUGAAGGCAUACGAGUUCGGCCCUGCCUGUCCCAUUGCCCACCAGCGAGAAUCCGGCUUCAACAUCAGCGAAGACUGUCUGUCCGUUAACAUCUGGACGCCUGCCAAUUCGAGCUCCGAUCGUCUUCCCGUCAUGGUGUGGAACUACGGCAGUGGAGAAACCAGCGCUGAAGCCAUCUACAACGGCGGAGGACUGGCCACCAAGGACGUCGUGGUGGUGAGUUACAACUACCGCGAUGCUGCCUUUGGCUUCCUGGCCCAUCCAACACUGAACAAAGAAUCCGGUCACAAUUCGUCUGGCAACUAUGGUAUCCUCGACUUCAUCACGGCAUUGCAGUGGGUGCAGAAGAACAUUGCCCAUUUCGGCGGUGAUCCCGACAAGGUGACCAUCGCUGGGCAGUCGUUUGGCUCUGCGCAGGUCUAUCACGCUGUCAAUUCCCCCUUGGCCAAGGGUCUGUUCCGUGGCAUGAUUGCGGAGAGUGGCAUUCGAUACCCUCGCGAUCGUCUCUUGGAGGGUCUGGCUGAUUCGUACAAGACCAUGGACGAUGCCAUCGCGGUCGGCCUCAACUACACCAAGAGCCACAAUGUAUCGACGAUCGCCGAGCUGCGCACUCUCAGCACGGAUGACCUGUUAGACGGCAGCGACGACAGAGAAGACAUUGACGCCCUCACAGCUCUAUACACGAUGGACCCUCCUCUCUUCAAAACCACCCUGGACGGCUAUGUCGUGCCAAAGAAAUACAUUGAAACCCUCAUCGACGGCCCUCCCAACGACGUGCCCAUGAUCACCGGCAACAACAAAGACGAAAGUGGCGCGUCCACAUCGACCAACUACACCGUGGCCGAAUACAAAAAGUACAGCCGCGAAUGGUACGGCAAUCUGACCAGCGAGUUCCUGCGUCUGUAUCCUGCCGCCAAUAACAGCGAGGCUGAUCGCUCGUGGAAUGCUGCAUCUCGUGAUACUUCAGUUGUGUCGAGUUAUCUGUUUGCGAAUGAAUGGGUCAAAUCGGCCAGCAGUCCAUUCUACACUUACUACUGGGACCAUGCUCCUCCGGGCCAGGAUCAGGGCGCAUACCACAUGGCCGAGAUUCGAUAUGCGUUGAAGAAUCUGUAUCAGACAGAUUUGCCAUGGACGGAGUAUGACUUUCAUCUGUCUGAUAUCAUGUCAUCGUACUGGGCGAAUUUCAUCAAGACGGGCAAUCCGAAUGAAGGUGGAUCGCUUGAAAGUGGAUCGCUGGCAAAGUGGGAGGCGAGCAAGGCCGGUGAAGCGACCGUGAUGCAUCUUGGAGAUGGAUUUGGAAUGAUGGACAUUGCGACGCCGGACAGAGUGAAGCUGAUUUCGACGUUCAUGGAGAGACAAAAGGCGUACUAG